AUGGACUACCAGCAGGCCGGCGGCGCGCGCGCGUGCUACAACUGCGGCGACACCACCCACCAGGCCCGCGACUGUCCCAGCAAGGGCAGCCCGACAUGCUACAACUGCGGCCAGACCGGUCACCUCUCGCGUGAGUGCACCGAGCCGGCCAAGGAGAAGACUUGCUACAACUGCGGCCAAACUGGUCACAUGUCCCGCGAGUGCCCAAGCGGCUCGGCUCCACGUGCUGGCGGCUUCGGUGCUGGAGGAGGAUCCGGUCAAGAGUGCUACAAGUGCGGACAAAUUGGACACAUCGCUCGUAACUGCACCGCUGGCGAGUACGGCGGCGGUCGUGGAGGCUACGGAGGCGGUCGCGGCGGAUACAGUGGAGGCUACGGCAGGGGCGGCUUCGGCGGUGGCGCUGGUGGCGGGCAGACCUGCUACUCGUGCGGUGGCUGGGGUCACAUGAGCCGCGACUGCACCCAGGGCCAGAAGUGCUACAACUGCGGCGAAGUCGGCCAUCUCUCUCGCGACUGCCCGGCUGAGGCCACCAACGAGCGCGUCUGCUACAAGUGCAAGCAGCCCGGCCACGUCCAGGCAGCCUGCCCCAACUGA